AUGCCAUCAACACAGAAUACUUUCGACAGCUCUCCUGCCAAAACAGUAACUCUCAUCCUGGACAAGCCAGCGGACUGGAAACAAUGGCUGCUCACAAUUCGUCAAAGGGCUGAGAACACCAAUAUCUCGCAGUAUAUCGAUCCUGACAAAGACUCUCAACCUUCUACUCUCACAGAACCAGGUCUGCCUACACUGAAAGAUGCUCUGUCUGGUCCUUAUGAUGAGACCGAGCUUAAAUGGAAAUACCUCGCACCGAAGAGAAGGAAGAGUACUACUAUCUCGAAAAGCAGUACAAGCAAAACUUUCGCAAGGCUGUCCUACACCAUGGUCGAAACUCAGGAAGCUAAGGCAAGCUCUCGCGCCUACCGAUACAGCACGAGAAUGGGAACUUAUCAACGAACUGAGAAGUCUGAGGAAAGCUCCGAGCAAUCAACGGAUGGAUGA